GAACACAACCUGGCCACGGAGCCCGAGCCGAGCAAUUUCCCAUGCAAGGAUGCAAGCGGUUUGUGCAUACUAUAAAAAGCACGCGGUAUCCAGUUGCACUCAAGACAUACAUUACCAGUCCCACCGGAAGUUCUUCCUUGGCCCUUGCCGGCAGCGCAAGUUUCAUAUCAGCCAUGUCCAUGCUCGCGCGCGUGCAGCAGUCUCCCGCGGCCUUGACCCGGUCGUCGCUGCGCAGGGCAACCGUGCGGCCUGUGAAGGCGCUGUUUGGCAAGUCUGGUGACGCGGAGAGGAAGAAGGAGGAGCAGUGGGAGGCGCAGCAGGCAUUGCUGGCUGAGCGCCGUGCUAAGAAGGAGCGCCUAAUGCAGACUUUCAACCGCAAGGAGGCCAAGGGCUCCCAGGCUGCUCCUGAGCCUGCGGCGAAGUCUGCGCCUGCGCCGAAGCGCCCCACGCGCGAGGAGGUUGUUGUCGAGGUCGAGGAGGAGGAGCCGGCCCGUCCCGCUGGAGGCAACCCGCUGUCGGGCCUGCUGGGCGGCCUUUUCGGCAAGAAGUGAAAGGCGUGGAAAAGCGCAAGAAGGGAGAAGAAAUAGCCAGCGGCGUACAGGCGUAGAUGGGUUGAGGCCAUACCCACGCACGUGAGCAUUCUCGUCUGCACAUAAGAAGGCAGUGCGUGUAUCAUUGCGCUGGUGACCGUGGGUGCGGGACAGUACGGCAGUGUUCGCGUCAGUUUAUCGCUUGAAUGUUAAGCUUUUUGUACCUGAUAUUUUUUUGCCCAUGCCAGUUGUGAACACCCGGCCAGCGGUGUGUCGCAAUUUGGGGGCAUGUGUACGAAUCAUGUGUGAGCAAAGCAACACAAACACAAACUACUGAGUGGCUCUGAUGGACUCGGUGCGGGCGCGUACAUAGCAUAUGUGUAACGCAGACAAGU